AUGCCAGAGAAGCACGAAUUUGAUGUGAGAUCACUCAGACGAGGCUCACAAAGUUAUGAACUGGAACAGCACAACCUACCGCCAGACACUCAUAGUAGCCCACAAUCAUCAGUGCUCCCACCUCCAUAUUGUGUACAAGAUGAAUAUCCUCCCUGUGACCCAGGACACAUCUCGACUACAGACAACCCGGCAAACGAAAAAAUCGCGACUGCGACAAAUAUCCAUGAUCCUGAACUGUGCCCACAUUUUUCCGAAUGGGAAGAAGAUUGCAACAUCGUCAAUCUCACACAUAGACCGGGCAAGCAACCUCCCGAUAAUAAGAUUGGUGCUCGAGAAAAUCGCCGACAAUUCAGAUCUGAGAUAUGGGAGGCUCCGAAAAAGAGCCCAAAACUGAGAACAAUACAAACUUUCACACCGAGGAGAUUCAUCUCCCGCACAUUCCCUGCCGAUUUCUCUACGCAGCCAUAUCUCGACCAAUGCUAUGAUCGGCCAUAUGGAUUCUCUCCAAGAAACCCGCUUCCAGAAGGACAUGAAAAUACAAAAUCAGUCCAAGAUCUAUGCCUCGAACUAGAAUAUCUGCAGAAGCAAGUAGCGUAUUUAAAAUCUGCUAUCAUACCAGCCGAGCAAGAACUACAUUCAUUGGCCGCACGUUUACCAAGAAACGGCAAUGAUGGUUCACCCUUUGAUAUUCUAACCAUGGCUGAAAAAGAACGCAUGAUAUCUCGAAGAAUGCAGUGGUUACAAAAACAACUCGUGAUCAUGCGGCAGGAGAUUGCAACAAAGGAGCGUGCGCAUGAGUACGCCGUUGAAGAAUUGAAUAGGGUUAGUGAGUUGAAUGAUCGACUGACACAGCCGCUUAAAGAUGUGGCCAGGGCGAUGAAUGAAAGGAGUUUAGGGAGGAGAUGGCUACAGGGGGAAUUACCGUGGGCUAAUGCUGUGCAUAUUGGGAAUGAUGUGCCGAAUCUUGCUAUGAUUAUGACACAGAGAGAGUUACGAUAG